UAAUCAUAAUCAUCAUGCCAUGGUUAUCUACAAAAAGAAAAUCAAUAAUGACUGCCUGCCGCCGAUUUCCUCGUUCAACAUUCAACACUUUGAGUAGAGCCCAUGCUGCUGAUAUAAAACAUUGUCAAUAAUUCAAAAGUAGAAGAAACACCAACCGUCAUUGUACAUGCAAACUCCAAACAUUCCCAGAAAACAAAAUGCUUUUCAAAGCUUUGCUUGUGUUCUUCCUCCUCCUCUUCCCAUUUUGCACAUCCAUUGACACCAUAGCACUGAACCAGCGUGUGAAAGAUGGUGACUUUAUAGUGUCCAAAGAAAACAACUUUGAAUUAGGCUUCUUCAGCCCCGGCAAUUCGAGCUCUCGCUAUGUUGGAAUUUGGUAUGCUAAUAAGUCUGAAAAGGCAGUGGUUUGGGUUGCAAACAGAAACAACCCCAUCAAUGAUACCUCUGGCGUCCUCACCAUCAACAGGUAUGGAAAUUUGGUUAUUUAUGCGCACGAUAUUGACAGCUUUUCUAUUUGGUCCGCAAAUGUGUCUUUUCAAACCACAAGCACUUCUGUAGCUCAGCUUUUAGAUACAGGAAAUUUAGUGCUUUUUCCGGAUAGUAUUAGUAAAAGUGAAAGCUUUAUAUGGCAGAGUUUUGAUUACCCUACAGAUACUCUACUUCCCGGAAUGAAAGUUGGGUUGAAUUGGAAAAUUGGGUUUGAAUGGGUCUUAACAUCUUGGAAGUCCCAAAAUGACCCUGGAACUGGGAACUAUAGCUUGAGGCUUUUUUCAAACCAGACUGCUACGCCCCAAUAUUUUCUGUAUAAGGGUGUGAGCAAAUAUUGGAGAAUUGAUCCAGGGCCGUGGCCCGAUUUUGUGAGUAGUAAUGAAGAAAUGUAUUUUUUGUUUGUGACUGAUAACACCUCUGUAAUUAGAUGGGUGUUGACGGAUUAUGGGUUAAAUCAACAACUGAGAUGGAGUGAUGCUGUUAAUCAAUGGGAGGAACUAUGGGCUGCACCAAAAUACCGGUGUGACCAAUAUGGACAGUGUGGUGCCAACAGCAAAUGUAGCCCUGACAACGUUAAUAUGUUUGAGUGUGAGUGUCUACCAGGGUACGAACCAAAAUCUUUGAAUGAUUGGAACAGGAGAGAUGGGUCAGAGGGGUGUGUGAGUAAGCGAAUUGGGCUGCCAAAAUGUGGGAAUGGGGAAGGGUUUGUGAAGGUGGCACGGGUGAAAGAGCCAGACACAACAAAAGCAGCACAAUUGUUGACAAGUAUUAGUGCCAAUCAGUGUCAGCAGGUGUGCUUAAGCAAUUGUUCCUGCACCGCGUAUAUGAGCAUAGAAUGGGAAGGCAGCAUUGAUUGCUUGGUAUGGUACGGUGAGUUGCUGGACAUUUUAGUCCGCACAGAGCUAGGACAAGAUCUGUAUGUUCGUGUGGACAAAAUGGAAUUAGCUGAGAAUGCCAGAAAAUCGGAAGGUUUUCUCAAAAGGAGGGGUUUGCUGGCUAUUCUAAUAGUGGCUGUUCUUCUGGCAUUGGUACUAAUCAUUGUGUUUGCCUGCUGGUGGCUUAAUAAAAAGAGGAAGAUAAAAGACUUUGUGGAGGCCGAUGAACUUGAGGAAAGUAGGAGACACCCAGAGCUGCAAUUUUUCCAUCUGAGUACAAUAAUAGAAGCUACAGACAACUUCUCUCCUGUCAAUAAACUUGGCCAAGGUGGUUUUGGCACUGUUUAUAAGGGUCACCUACAAAAUGAUCAGAAGAUUGCUGUAAAAAGACUCUGCAAAACUUCAGGACAAGGAAUUGAAGAAUUCAAAAAUGAAGUUGCGCUGAUAGCCAAACUUCAACACAGGAAUCUUGUGAAACUUUUAGGAUGCUGUAUACAGGGAGAGGAAAGGAUGUUAGUCCUUGAAUACUUGCCAAACAAAAGCUUGGACUUCUUUGUUUUCGAUCACUCAAGAAGGUCCUUGUUGGAUUGGAAAAAGCGGUUUGAAAUUAUCAAUGGGGUUGCCCGUGGGGUUCUGUAUCUUCACCAGGAUUCAAGGCUUCGGAUUAUCCACAGGGAUCUAAAAACCAGCAAUGUUCUUCUAGAUGCUGAGAUGAACCCAAAAAUUUCAGAUUUCGGAAUGGCAAGAAUAUUCCAUGGGGACCAACUGCAGGAUAAAACCAACAGAGUUGUUGGAACAUAUGGAUAUAUGUCACCAGAGUAUGCAGUGUUUGGAAGAUAUUCAACCAAAUCAGAUGUCUUUAGUUUUGGGAUUGUAUUAUUGGAGAUUGUGAGUGGCAAGAAAAAUAAUGGCUCUUAUCAAGAGGACCAUUCCAUGAAUUUGAUAGGAUAUGUUUGGCAGCUGUGGAGAGAAGACAGGGCCUUAGAAAUUGUGGAUUCAUUACUGGAGUCAUAUCAUUCUGAUGAAGUCAUGAGAUGCAUUCAAGUCGGGCUCUUGUGCGUGCAAGAAGACUCAAAGGACCGACCAACCAUGUCAGCCGUUGUGUUUAUGUUGAGUGGUGAAGCAUCUCUACCAUCUCCUCAGCAGCCUGCAUUUGUCUUCAGAAAAAGUUCCUAAAUUUCAACACAAAAAAGAUCAAACAUUGUCAAUGAUUCAAAUGCGGACAGUGACAGACCAUCAACUAACCAAGAAAAAAUAAGUGAAACACCACCCCGUUCAUCGCACGUGCAAAUUCGCAAAUGCCCAGAAAAAAAAAUGUUUUUAAAUACUUUGCUUGUCUUCUUCUCCCUCUUCCCAUUUUGCACAUCCAUUGACACCAUAGCAGUGAACCAGCAGGUGAAAGAUGGUGACUUUAUAGUGUCCAAAGAAAACAACUUUGAAUUAGGCUUCUUCAGCCCCGGCAACUCGAGCUCUCGCUAUGUUGGGAUUUGGUAUGCUAAUAAGUCUGAAAAGGCAGUGGUUUGGGUUGCAAACAGAAACAACCCCAUCAAUGAUACCUCCGGUGUUCUCACAAUCAACAGGUACGGAAAAUUGGUUCUUUAUGCUCACAAUACUGAGAAUCUUUCUAUUUGGUCCACAAAUGUGUCGGUCCAAACCACAAGCAGUGUAGCUCAGCUUUUAGAUACAGGAAAUUUAGUGCUUUUCCAGGAUAGUAAAAGUGAAAGCUUUAUAUGGCAAAGUUUUGAUUAUCCUACAGAUACUCUACUUUCCGGAAUGAAAGUUGGGUUGAAUUGGAAAAUUGGGUUGGAAUGGGUCUUAACAUCUUGGAAGUCCCAAAAUGACCCUGGAACUGGUAACUAUAGCUUGAGGCUUUAUUCAAACCAGACUGCUACGCCCCAAUAUUUUCUGUACAAGGGUUUGACCAAAUAUUGGAGAUGUGAUCCAGGGCCAUGGCCCGUUUUUGUGAGUAAUAAUGAAGAAAUGUAUUAUUUCUUUUUAACUGAUAACACCUCUGUAAUUAGAUCCGUGUUGACGGAUUAUGGGGUAAAUGAACAACUGAGAUGGAAUGAUGCUGUUAAUCAGUGGGAGGUACUCUUUGCUGCACCAAAAUACCGGUGUGACCGAUAUGGACAGUGUGGUGCCAACAGCAAAUGUAGCCCUGACAAUAUUAAUAUGUUUGAAUGUGAGUGCCUACCGGGGUAUGAACCAAAAUCUUCGAAUCAUUGGAACCGGAGAGAUGGGUCAGAUGGGUGCGUGAGCAAGCGAAUUGGGGUGUCAAACUGUGGGGAUGGGGAUGGGUUUGUGAAGGUGGCACGGGUGAAAGAUCCAGACACAUCGAAAGCAGCACAAUUGUUGCCAAAUACUAGUGCCAAUGAGUGUGAGCAGGUGUGCUUAAGCAAUUGUUUCUGCACGGCAUAUAUGAGCAUAGAAUGGGAAGGCCGCAUUAAUUGCUUGGCAUGGUAUGGUCAGUUGUGGGACAUUUUAAUACACACGGAGCUAGGGCGAGAUCUAUAUGUUCGUGUGGACAAAAUGGAAUUAGCUGAGAAUACCAGAAAAUUGAAAGGUUUCCUCAAAAGUAGGGGCUUGCUGGCUAUUCCAAUGGCGGCGGUUGCAUUGGUACUAAUCAUUGGGUUUGCCUGCUGGUGGCUUAAGAAAAAGAGGAAGAUGAAAGAUUUUGUGGAGGCGGAUGAACUUGAAGAAACUAGGAGACACCCAGAGCUGCAAUUUUUCCAUCUGAGCGCAAUAAUAGUAGCCACAGGCAACUUCUCUCCUGUCAAUAAACUUGGCCAAGGUGGUUUUGGCACUGUUUAUAAGGGUCUGUUAGCAAAUGAUCAGAAGAUUGCUGUAAAAAGAUUGUCCAAAACUUCAGGACAAGGAAUUGAAGAAUUCAAAAAUGAAGUUGCGCUGAUAGCCAGACUUCAACACAGGAAUCUUGUGAAACUUUUAGGCUGUUGUAUAAAGGGAGAAGAAAGGAUGUUAGUCCUGGAAUACUUGCCGAACAAAAGCUUGGACUCCUUUCUUUUUGAUCACACAAGAAGUUCCUUGUUGGACUGGAAAAAGCGCUUUGAAAUUAUCAACGGGGUUGCUCGUGGGAUUCUGUAUCUUCACCAGGAUUCAAGACUUAGAAUUAUUCAUAGGGAUCUAAAAACCAGCAAUGUUCUUCUAGAUGCUGAGAUGAACCCAAAAAUAUCAGAUUUUGGCAUGGCAAGAAUAUUCCAUGGGGACCAACUGCAGGAUAAAACCAACAGAGUUGUUGGAACAUAUGGAUAUAUGUCACCUGAGUAUGCAGUGUUUGGAAGAUAUUCAACUAAAUCAGAUGUCUUUAGUUUUGGGAUCAUAUUAUUGGAGAUUGUGAGUGGCAAGAAAAACAAUGGCUCUUAUCAAGAGGACCAUUCCAUGAACUUGAUAGGACAUGUUUGGCAGCUGUGGAGAGAAGAUAGAGCCUUAGAAAUUGUGGAUUCAUCACUAGAGUCAUAUCAUUCUGAUGAAGUCUUGAGAUGCAUUCAAGUCGGGCUCUUGUGCGUGCAAGAAGAUUCAGAGGACCGACCAACCAUGUCAGCCGUUUUAUUUAUGUUGAGUGGUGAAGCAUCUCUACCAUCUCCUCAGCAGCCUGCAUUUGUCUUCAGAAAAAGUUCCGGCGGUGGUGGUUAUCUAUCAAGUCCACAAGGAUUAUAUUCUGUUAAUGACUUGACAAUAACUAAACUUGACGCUCGAUAAGGAUUCAGGCUUUUGCUUCCACAAAUUUUGUUUUAUUGACCUUCAUAUGACAUAUGGGCACUGCAUAAUGUGCCCAUUACCUUAAUACAAAUUUCUAAUCUAUCCAUUCGUGUGAACUUUAUGAAAGAGAGUGAUGAAUUUGGAGAUGCAACCUUUAGAUAAGCCACAAACUGAAAUGCAUAAAUUGGCUGUUACAAUCUUCGAAAUAUGACAUUACACAGCAGAUUGUUGCUCUGGGCACAAAUUUACACCA